AUGUCAGGAACACGCAGCCGCACAGGCUGUAUGGCAUGUCGACGUCGAAAGAAGCGAUGUGAUGAAACAAAGCCAGUUUGCCGACGCUGUCAGAUAUCUGGCGCGUCUUGUGUUUUUCCUAAUGCCGAUGGAGCUUUCAGCGAACGAUACCUUAUCUCGUCAGCCCUGGAGCAUUACAUGUUACCGACCAGUCCUUCUGAGCGACACUUUGUCAAUCUUGGCCCAAGAGACAUUGCUCGUCUGUGUCUGGCUUAUGGCUCAUCAGCCGAUGGCAUUUCGAGGGUUGAAAUUCUGACCAGCCAAGAGAUACCGAGGGCAUUGUCCGCGGCCAACGCCCUUGUAGACGUGUCUGAGAGACAGCUACUUCAAUACUACUCCGAAGUGAUCAGCGUGAGCAGAGUAUAUGUUACUGGAGACGAGAACCCGUUCUGUUCAUUGACUAUGCCAAUCGUACAUACCCGCCGUGGCCCUUUACUUUACACAAUUCUUGCCUUGAGCGCAGCUGAGAUGGCUAGUUCAGGAAAUAGCUAUUCCGAUGGGCUCAUGGCCAAAGCUUCAACAUACUAUGACAGUGCGGUCAAACAAUUACAGCUCUCACUAGCCAACUCGAAUGAUGCUGAAGAGAACAUCCUGACCUGUGUACUCCUGUCCUCUUUCGAAAUCUCCAACGGACAACAUCCAGCCUGGCUGCAGCAUCUCAAUGGCGCUGUGGCCAUACACAACCAUUUUGCACCGUUCAUCAGUCGAGAAUGCGCCCUCUUUGCUUACCAAUACUUUGGCUUCAGAUGGAUAUUGUUGGAGACUACUAUGCCUCCAGGAACUUAUCCAUUAGAAGAAGUGACAAGCGAGACCUCUAUGACUGCCCGACUCUUACAGAACUUGAGCACAAUGUUACAACAGACUAUCGACACAGUACCUACCGUUGCGAUGCAGAACAUUGACAACAAGCUCGGUUGUUCUUUAGAGUAUCUGCAACUUGUCAACAGGAUAUCGACAUUAUCAGCUCUCAAGUAUCAUUGCCAGGCAGACAAAACUGUUGCAGAAGAGACAUCCGACCUAUACUCUAUCACAGCAUUGGCUUUUGAUGAUGCUCUGAGUGAUAUGGUAUUUGUUACCAAGACCCGAGAUCACUAUCUCGAGCACAGCAGUCAAUGCUUCAAACUUGCUGGGAGAGUAUAUCUUCGCCUGAUCUGCCUCGAUGCCAAUCUCACCCAGUUGGCUUUGACUGAUAUGCAGAUUGAUCUGCUGCAGGCGUUGCGCUUGGUCAUCAACGAGGAUCAGCAACGCCGUGCUUUUCCUAUGUGGCCGUUGUUCAUCGCUGGUUGCGCAUCCUUCGAGGAUGUGCAUCGAAAGAAUGUCCUAGAUAUGUUUCGCACUCUCGAGAGAAAAUGGCCUAUAAGCAACAUCUCAUAUGUCCGGAAUGUUACGACACAAAUCUGGCAGAGUCGAGACUUGAAUGGAGUUGACAACAGCCGAAGACACGACUGGCAGACUCUUAUUACGACGUUUGGCUGGAAGCUUGCUUUGUCUUGA